AUCCGCUUCGGUACUGAUGCUGCCGGCAUCGAGAGGAUACUGCGAAUGGUCCAAGCUAUCGUGAUGGUUGUCUUGUCACAGCCUCUCCUGACGAGCAGUUUCGCCAAACUCGUCGCCCUGGGCAACCGCCACGUCUGGAUCGAGCCCCGGAGCGCUGACCUCGCCGCGCUGACCUCGCUUCGGGGUAAAGUGGCCCUCGCGAGGCGCUUCUUCCGGAUGUUUCGGUUCUUGGAGGCCUUCCAUGCGGCUCAUUUGAUUUACACGUCGUUCUACGCCUCGAAGCCGGCGCUGACGCCCACGCCUGUUGCACCUUUGGACCCGGCUAUUACUAAUAGUCCUGAGGUCACUGGUGGUGGUGAGAAAAGCAAUGGCAUUGAUGAGAGCCAGGUAGAACAAGAUCAGACUGUGGCUCCAGGUGUGAGCCCUGACGCUGCCGCCGAUACAGACCAAGGUGUAGAAGCAGAAUCAACGCCACCAGCCCAGCAGCCCAAGCGUACGUGUAAUUGCAAGCACCACCACCACCAUCAUCACCACCACGGCAAACCCCAAGACCCCAACAAGAUCCCCGUAGAGGCCUGGUUGGACAUCUUCUCCCGCACGUUCAACGGAAUGUAUUUACUUCUGGAGACCCUCACGCUCGUGGACGCGCUCGAGCUUCCCGGCCUCCGGCUCUGGGGUUUGCACUGGACCACAGUCCUGCACGUCGAGGGCCAGCGGUUCUGGUUCUUCUCGUUGCUGUGCGGACUCACAGCAGGCCUGGUGAAGGUGGUGAAGCUCGUGGCGUACGGGCCGGUGCCGCAGACUGGCGAGGAGUACUGGGCGUGGGAGAGGAAACCCGAGGCGGAGAUGGAGGAGUGGGAGAAGAUGCGUGAGAAAAUGCGGCGGUUUGUGCACCGGCGGAGGGAGGGUAGGAAGGCGUGGAAGAGGGAGAUCAGGACGAGAGGGUUCAGGAUUGCUAGAAGGUGUGUGGCGGACCUGCUGGACCUGGCCUUGCCUGGGAGUGUGGUCGGGUGGGUGAGGGUUCAGCCUGGGACGAUGGGGUUGGCGAUGGUUGUCUCUACGUGGCUUACGGGGUUGGAGAUAUGGGAGAGGUGUGGAGGGUAAAGGAGUAGGGCAUAGAUGUCGUCAUAUGUAUUAUAUGCUGCUAUAUAUAUAUAUCAUAGAUGGAGGGUUAGAUAAUUGCUAUCUGGUGGAAGGCAUGCAUGUAUGAGAUUCAUUCAACAGGGUAUGCCCUCCUGAGAUCCCACAAUAAUCAAUGACACAUAGAAAAGGG